AUGUGCACGCCGUGGACGCUGACAAGGUUUGUUCGAUGGAGAGUAAGGGACUUGGCAUCAUGUUUCCUGGCUUGCAGGUGCCCUUUAGAAGAAGAACCAGAGGCACAUCUCUCUUCAUCGCCACCACAACUUCGAAUCAGAAACAUGGUUUUUGAAACGAAAGAUGACACCAGAGAUAAGAAGAGUAAUAGAAGACUGUCACGGCAAAACAGAUGCGACACGGAUAGACAGAUAAACCUGAGUCCAACAGUCUCAAGGAACACUGGCUCAGUGGAAAAUGGGAGUGAUAACUCAAGCUGGCCACGUUUUUCUGAUGAAGAAUAUAUAGUCUUCUGCUUUAGAGAAGAUGGAGCCUUUGACGUUGUGAAGGAUAAUAAAGAAUCAGAAGAAUCCAAUCAAUCCAGUCGAAGUUCACGGCCUGUGAAUCGAAAGCUUAAUUGUGCUGAAGAUGCAGAAAGAGAUAAGCACUGCAGUGAUGAUGGAAGAACAAAUGAAGAUGGAAUUGAGGGAGAGAUCAUUCCUGCUAAAGAGGGUGAUGGAGUGCGGAGCAGCAUCAGCUGCGAGGUAGAGUUGGCUUCAGGUAGAUUAAGGAGAAGACAUCAGGUAGAGGAGAAAGUGACACCUAACGGGGGGACAGUUUCUGUUGAAUCAAGUGACACUAAUCAAUCUGAUUGCAGCACAGGAUCCUUUGCCUUUCCUGUACUGGGAUGGGAAUGGUCGGGAAGUCCAGUGCAAAUGCCAAAAUCAGAGAGCAUGAACCCAAGGAAGAACAAGGCCCUAUCUGUGCGUUUUCAUUGUUUUAGAUUCUGA